AUGUCUGCACCACCAGCACCGGGCACAACAGAUUGGACCUUUGGGGCAGAGCACCCAGAAGACUUGGAACGGGGCGGCGGUCAACGACAACGCUUCAAUACCCAAGCUAACGGUAAUACUGACAUACGGAGCCCUAUGCCAGUUCGACCCAUGGAAGACUCCCACGGAAAGCUGACCGUCACCAACGCAGGAGGCUCGAGCACACCACCGCUCACACCACCUCCAUUUAUCGGCGGAGGAGGCCAACGAGGAGGCCAACCAGGCAUGACAGACUGGGAAUGGCUGACCCGAAGCGCCUCUCCCUUGGUCAACGGCCAGUCCGAUCGUCGUCCACUGACAAUGGGCAACCCAGCCGUCCUUGGCCUCUGGUCCUUCGCUACAGUUACCUUGCUUUUGGCAGCCUAUAAUUUAUUCUUGCCACACAAGCCCAACCACAUCCUCCUUCCUACCGCAUUGCUCUUUGGCGGUAUUGCACAGUACAUUGCUGGAUUUCUGGAUUUGUUCUACGGUGGCACGUUCUCUGGCACUAUCCUUGUAUCAUACGGUGCGUUCUGGGCCGGUUCAGGCAUGAUGAUGUUACCGUCUGUAUCAGCCACCUUGAACGCUUAUGCAACAGAUUGGGAUGUUGCACAAGGCAAUGCUAUCUACCAUUUCUUUUGGGCGUUCUAUACUCUCAUGCUGGUCGGUCUCUCCCUCAAAAUCCGCUCUGGUUCUUUUGUCUUGACUUGGUGUCUCUUUUGGGUGUUCAUCACGCUAUUCCUUACUGCCAUCUACUACAUCACCGAUACACAAGCAGUGUUACGCGUCAGUGGUGUCAGUGCAUUCUUUGCUGGCCUUGGCGCGUACUAUUCCGGCUUGGCCGCCAUCUUAGAAGAACAAAAAGAAAAGUUGUGGGUCGGCAAAUACAAUUGGACCAAAAAAUCUACAUAA